AUUAAUUUGAAUAGCUCAUCAUCAUGGAUUCUCUAAUGUGGUCAUUUUCUCAGGAAUAUAAUGUUAAACAACAACCAUCUUUUAAAAACUUCAAGACGAAAGUUGUUAAGGGAGGUUUUCAAUCAGAUUGGAAAGCAACUCCAUCCAAUGAUUCAUCACCUUCUUCACCACCUGCUACUGGUUUAGUUUCCAAUAAGAAGAAAAAUGUGAAGAAACAAGCAAAGAAUGUAUUGAUCAACACAACAAGUUCUUCAUUUUUCCCUUCCAGCAACGUAAGCUCAACUUUUGUAUUCGAAACUAAACAUUCCAAAAAGAAUACGAAACAAGCCAUGAUCAACGCCAAUCAAUUACCUUUACAAAUUCCAAAAUCAAACCACCAUUCCACAUCUUUCAAUAAUGUUCAACUCACCUGCUCUAAUGCUCCUCCUAACAGUUUCCAACAAUUUAACAUGUUGGUUUCAACUAAAGUCAUUCCAUUAGUAGAUUAUUCCCCAACCAAUUUAUCAACCCUUUCAAGCAGUUCAUCACUUUCGAAUACAGUUCAAUCUCCUGUUACUGAGUUUGAUGCUUGUUCAGUUCAGAAUAGUCCAAAAUUAUCAAACGAAACUUGUUUCAAUAAUACGAUACAGAAAAUUGAAAAGUCAAAUAAGAUGAAGAAACACAAUAGAACUGCAAUUUCUAUCAGAGAAUUAUUAAAUUAAUAAACAAUAAAUCAUCUAACGUUUCAGUUG